AUGUUGCGAUCGUUAUUAGACAAAUUUUGGGAUGAAGAGAUUUGGCUGCCGCCGAAUACAACUUGGGAUGAUAUAGCUCCCGGUCCUGACAAAGCUGUACUGUAUAAUGAUCACAGAUACCUUCUCUAUCCUAUACCAAUGGCAAUAGUACUCAUAGGUCUGCGACAUUUACUUGAAAAAUAUUGGUUCGCGCCAUUUGGAAAAUCACUAGGUAUUAAGAACACAAGACCAAAGAAAGCGCCAAAUAACCCCAAACUGGAGGCGGCCUACCAGGCAUCAUCCAAAAUUAGACAUAAGCAGUUCUAUUUGAUCAUGGAUGAGGUAAAUGUUGCACACUUUAUAGAGUAG